AUGUUGUGUGGCCCUUUCGGGCGGCCGGGCCAGGCCAGGCGCCAGGGCCGGGGAUGGCGGCGUCCUCGACCUCCUCCUCGUCCUCCUCCUCCUCCUCCUCCCCCCCUCCCCAGUCCAGCAACUGGCUCUCCGGGGUGAACGUGGUGCUGAUCAUGGCCUACGGGAGCCUGGUGAGGACAAACGCCGGGCGGGAAAGGCGGCCGGAGCGAACGCGGCUGAGAAGAGCGGCGAAGGAAGGGCGGCCCCUCUCGGGGCGCUGAAGGGAGGGAGGGAGGCGAGGGGCUGGGGGGGUCCCGUGAAGGGCGCGCGCGGAGGGGGGGGGAACCGCAGCGUCGCCAUGGCAACACGCGCCUCCCCUCCUUUCCCCGGGUAUCUCUUUUUCACAUUCACGCCUUUGGCCCCGUCGCUAUUUCGGUUAUCUCUUCAUGCCCUUCCGUUCUCCCGUUUCGCCCUCACGACAACCCUGCGAGUUAGGAGCUCCCAGAUUUGCCCUCACAACAACCCUGCGGGAUAAGAGCUCCCAGAUUUGCCCCCACAACAAUCCUGUGAGGUAGGAGCUCCCAGAUUUGCACCCACGACAACCCUGUGAGGUAAAGGUAAAGGGACCCCUGACCAUUAGGUCCAGUCACAGACGACUCUGGGGUUGCGGCGCUCAUCUCACUUUUUUGGCCAAGGGAGCCAGAGUACAUGUGGCCAGCACGGAAACGCUGUUUACCUUCCCGCCGGAGCACUACCUAUUUAUCUACUUGCACUUUGACAUGCUUUUGAACUGCUAGGUUGGCAGGAUCAGUCACCGAGCAAUGGGAGCUCAGCCUGUCGCGGGGGUUCGAACCGCCGACCUUCUGAUUGGCAAGUCCUAGGCUCUGUGGUUUAACCCACAGCGCCACCCACAUCCCAGAUUUGCCCCCGCAACAACCCUGCGAGGUAGGAGCUCCCAGAUUUGCCCCCGCAACAACCCUGUGAGGUAGCAGCAGCUGGAACAGCCUGCGAAGAAGCCGCGGCGUUUUGAGAAAGCUUCACAAAUUCUACAGCGGCAUCAGUUUCCCCCUCACACACACCAACACGAAAGCUUGUGCUCAGUUGCUAGAGAGCAUGAGACUCUUAAUCUCAGGGUUGCAGGUUUGAGCCCCACGUUGGGCAAAAGAUUCUUGCAUUGCACCGGGUUGGACUAGAUGACCCUCAGGGUUCUUUCCAACUCUAGGAUUCUGCGCUGGAGCGACCUUUGUUAGUCCUCUCCAGCACUACACGGACACCUUGAUGUCUUUCAUCUGUGGGGCAGGUUGGAAGCGCUGCAGGUCCCUCUUAGGUUGAUGCCACCUGCGGAAAAAGAAUUCCAGCUUUUUGGAGCUACAAUGACAGAACUCCUCUAGUUUCACAUUCUGCACAAAAGGAUCCUUCUGCAAGUUCAAAACUCACACUAAAUCCUUUCCAUUUUUGCUUUCUUUUUCCUUGAAUGGAUCUUGACUGCCCAGAACUGGCCCUACAGGGAAACCAGCCAUUCCAGUGCUCAGUACUGUGGUGCCUUCUGACGUCUCAGGCAUGAUGCCCAGGUUAUAAUAAUACAAUGGUACUAUGGGUUACAUACGCUUCAGGUAACAGACUCCGCUAACCAAGAAGUAGUACCUCGGGUUAAGAACUUUGCUUCAGGAUGAGAACAGUAAUCGUGCUCUGGCAUCGUGGCAGCAGCGGGAGGCCCCAUUAGCUAAAGUGGUGCUUCAGCUUAAGAACAGUUUCAGGUUAAGAACGGACCUGUGGAACGAAUUAAGUAUGUAACCAGAGGUAUCACUGUAAUAAGGUUGACAGCAGCCCACAAUUGUAUUGGCCUCUGUGCCACAGCAUCGCUUUGCUGGCUUGUGUACAAUGUAUUCUCACUAUAGAUACUUUAUAAGCGUGGAGGAAGUAAAUCCCUGUGGGCAGAUUGUGGGAAGGGGUCAGGAUUGCUUCAGUUCUGUGAUAUUGUUUCAGCAUUUUUUUCUGUCCUUUAUUCCAGGUCUUUGUGCUACUCUUCAUAUUUGUCAAGAGGCAGAUCAUGCGCUUCGCCAUGAAGUCCCGCCGUGGCCCCCACGUGCCAGUUGGGCAGCACGCACCAAAGGUUUGUUGGCAGGCAACCCUGUUUUAGGGUUAGAAGGGCUGGGGAACUUUGGGGUCUGUGAGCUGUAUGCUGCCCUCCAGGCCUCUCUGCUUGUCCCUUGGGAUUCUCUUCCUACAGAAGACACAGACCAGAUAAAAUGAAGUGCUUCUUUGUGCAGCACAUAGUUCAACAAUUGCACUCACUCCACAGGAGGCAGGGAGGGCCACUAACAUGGAUGGCUUUCAAAGAGACAAAUUCAUGGAGGGUAAAGCUGUUGGUGGCUCUGCCUCUGAAUAUCAGUUGCUGGAAACCACAGGAGCAGCAUUAGAAAGUGAAAUAUGAAAGCUAGGAGCUAAAUGACACCUUAAACCUAGGUUAAGGGGGCAACAAUGGAAUGUCUAGGCAUGCUUUUUUUAACAAGAAUGCAAAGUUGAAAAUGAAUGAACUGCAGCUAAAAUAUGAUGUUCAUUUUUCUUGAAGGGGAAUGUGGCCCUCAGACUGAAAAAGCUUCCUGACCCUGGUUGAUGUAUAAUCCCUGGUUGGGAGCAUAAGGUCCUGGAUUUGAGCUGUAUAAAUAAAAAUAAGUACUGUAUUAGGGCUGGGUGAUAUCUAGUUUUCAACAUUGUGAUAUAUCACCAGCUAAACCGCAUGGUGUAUCGAUAUAUUACAGUGUCUGAAAUAAGAAUGGAGCAUUGGCUGGCUGUACAGCUUUUACCGUAUCGUGAUUUUUGCCGGCGCCUGCUCUUGCGAUUCGCUGGCCCCUGCAGGAGACAGCGGAGAGCUAAGCCGGCGGAGUUAACAGGGGCUGCUGGAAUCAAGAGAAGCAUUGCCUGGUGUCAGGGAACUGACAUCGGAGCUAGAGGCGGAGGGAAGGCUCUCAAAUGAUGCUGGAGAAGGGCCCAGCAGGGAGAGAGGCAGCUCUGCAGAUGGGGGAGCAAAUCAGCGCUACACCAGGAAUAAGGAGGGGCUGAUGGGGGAAUCGGCGAGAGGGCUCCAGGACUCUUCACCGGACACCAGCGGGGAGAGCACGGGUCCCCCGCUACCCACACCCACCCUGCGCGGAAGUCUUCUGCGCAGGGAGAGUAGGAGGAGACUGGGUGUCAAACAACUUUUAUGUUGGAAAAGAUUUAAGAAACGCCCACUGACGGAUUCUGCUAGCGACUGAGGCAGCCACAAAGUGAAGGGCUGCCCAGACUGAAAGGUUUACCAAGGCAACAAAGCCUGGAGAGGCGGCAACUUACGCACGAGCAACCCAUACUCAUUAUACCUGGCUUCACGGUUUUUCCCACAUUGUGAUUUUUUGCCUAGCAAACACACACAGUGAUUUGCAAUACAGUGGUACCUCGGGUUACAUACGCUUCAGGUUACAGACUCCGCUAACCCAGAAAUAGUACCUCGGGUUAAGAACUUUGCUUCAGGAUGAGAACAGAAACCGUGCUCCGGCGGCGCGGCAGCAAUGGGAGACCCCAUUAGCUAAAGUGGUGCUUCAGGUUAAGAACAGUUUCAGGUUAAGAACGGACCUCUAGAAUGAAUUAAGUACUUAACCUGAGGUACCACUGUAUAUUGCCAGGUCAGAAAUUAUGAAACUGAUAUAACGAUACAGACUUCAGACCAGUUUUGGGCAAUAAGUUGUUCUAUCGCCCAGCCCUAAUAAGUGUUUAGGAAUGUUUAGUUUAGAAAAUGAAAUGACUACUGGCAGGGGGAAACUCUGAGGACUUGACAAUAUUUAUUAUUGUUUUUUAUCUCUUUAUACUAUAUCGGUUUGCAUUGUUCUCCCUUCCCCACCGCCAUUUUAUUGUCACAGCAUAACAUAAGCUGACUAGCCCCUCCCUCUUUUGCCUCAAUAGGAAGAUAGGAAAGUAUCUUAUCCCAAGUCAGAUCAUUGGCCCAUUUACCUUGGUAUUGUCUGUCCUGACUGGCAGCAACUCUCCAGGACUUCAGGCAGGGAGUCUUUCUCUCCCAGUCCUGCCUGGGGGUGCCAGAAAUUGAACCUGGGACCCUGUCCUUGAAAAACAGGUGCUCUACCCACUGAGCUAUGGCCCUUUCUGACAGUGCUGUUUUGCCUGCCUAUGGAUUAACGCCCAGAGAACGAGCUUUGCUAUUGGUCUGUUGGAUCUUCUGCAUUCCUACCUGGAAGUGGCUAUCUUCAAACUUCACCCAAAGCAAUCACCGAUGUCUGGUUGGCACUUAGAGUUUUCCCAGGAAAGGAGAUUGGCAGUGCUGUUCAUGAUGCUUCAUUUAAAAAGAUUUUAAUUGGUGCUCUCCCAUUGGAAUCCCGGCCAAGGGCUUUUCUUGGAUCUGCUUUUGCUGAGGACCAUGGCCUUCCAGAUCAGGGCCGCCCCUACCAUCAGGCAGAGUGAGGCAGCCUCAGGUGGCUGGUCUUUGUGCGCUACUUAAAGGGGAGCAAACUGUUAGGCUUAUGGAUACCUGUGGGGUGUUUUGGUGUGUGUUCCGUGUGCCGUGCCCCUCACCUCUGACCCUUCCCCUUUACCUGCUCAGGGCCUGAAGGAGGAGAUUGACAUCCGACUAUCGCGGGUUCAGGAUAUCAAGUAUGAGCCCCGUCUGCUGUCCCACGACGACACUCGCCUCCUUCAACUGGAGUCUCCUCGAAGCCCAUGUACAGUUUCCUAAUUCACGCCAAGGGGGUGGGAGAAGAGGGCAUGAAUGUCCACAGAGAUGCCAAACUGACUCAGGCCUCUGGGCUGUCUUUUUUUAUUGCAGUUUGCUAUAACUACAUGUACAGGAUGAAGGCCUUGGAUGCCAUCAGGGAUUCAGGUAAGCAAACAAAUGUUAAGCUGGCUGGCCUGGUGGCUACAGUUCCUGCUCGUAUUCACACACACUCUCUGUUCCCCCCUACACACCAUAGAGAUCCCCUUCUCCUCUGAAGGCAGGCACCCCAGAUCCCUGAUUGGGAAGAACUUCCGGGCCUACCUGGUGGACCUUCGGAACUCCAGCACCCCCUUCAAAGGCGUCCGCAAGACGUUGAUUGACAUACUCCUGGAUGGGUACGAGAGCGCCCGUUACGGCACAGGGGUGAGUAGUCUCUGCCCAGAGUGCUGUGGAACGGGACUCUGGGACUUGAAAAGCAUCUUGAGAACUCUUGACUGCGCUCCCAUCAUCUCUGACCAUUGGCCAUGCUGACUGCUGAGGUUGAUGGGAAUCCAAGAACGUUGUUAAACCACAACUCCUUUAAUCCCUGAGGGCGUAGGGCUGGGGGAAACUGAUGCACUAGCACUGAAAGCAUUGGCUUCUCCUUUUCCUCCUGUGGCGGACAGCCUUAAAAUGGGCCCUGCCUCCUUUCCCCUUUAGAUCAGGGGUAGUGAACAUUGGGGGACACACAAAUACAACCUUUAUCUGGCCCUCUGGAUUCUUCUCCUCUUUCCCAUCCAUAUCCCCCAGCUGCCUGAUUUGUGCCCUUGUUUGUUAUUUUUGCCUGGUGUCCUAGAACUUCCUUCUCUGGGUGGUGAAUCAAGAGUGCUAUGUGUAGGAACUAUGCGCUGUGGGUUAAACCACAGAGCCUAGGACUUGCCAAUCAGAAGGUCGGCGGUUCGAAUCCCCGCGACGGGGUGAGCUCCCGUUGCUCGGUCCCUGCUUCUGCCAACCUAGCAGUUUGAAAGCACGUCAAAGUGCAAGUAGAUAAAUAGGUACCGCUCCAGCAGGAAGGUAAACGGCAUUUCCGUGCGCUGCUCUGGUUCGCCAGAAGCGGCUUAGUCAUGCUGGCCACAUGACCCGGAAGCUGUACGCCGGCUCCCUCGGCCAAUAAAGCGAGAUGAGCGCCGCAACCCCAGAGUCGGCCACGACUGGACCUAAUGGUCAGGGGUCCCUUUACCUUUACCUAACAUUUUACAUCUGUUGCACCAUCCACUUUUGCCGUUGGCCCCGCCCACUGCUGGCAUGUGUUACCCAGAAAGGAAUGCAGCUAUGGGGGGGGGGAGAAAUCCCCAGCUACCUGCUUUUGUUGCAGGCGUUCACUUCCUUGGCGUGAUCAGAGGUGGCCUGCGGCUGGCAUUUCUGUUUCUAUGCGCAUUUAAUCUGUGUCAACUGUGGUAGCAGCCAGGAUGGCCUUUUGCUCUGACAACAGCGUUGAUAGACACAACACCCAGCUGACAGAAUCCACAUGUUCCUUGUAGAUCAUCUUGGCCUUCAGUUUGGGAUGUGUGUGUGUGUAUAUGUGUUUGUAUGGUGCAUAGUGAAAGAUGCCCUGACUCCCCAUCCCCAUGACGUGUGUGCUGCUGAUAAGGCCACCUUUUGCCUCUAUCUUUUGUCCCUUCCUUCUCCAAUGCCCAGCUAAACGGGGUUGGAACACUCCGCAAUCACCCGUUCUCUUGGAAACAGAAAGCUACAUUUCUCUAUGAAACGGGCUGAGGGGUGCGCCUGAUGCUGUUGUACUCUGAAUUCUUUAUGUCGUCUUUUUGCCUCUAUGCUUCAUAGGCGGGAGGGAGAGUGAGAUGUUCCGGGGCAGGCAUGACCCACAGUGCUAAACCACCUGAUAUUCUUGACCCACUUUUGUGUGUGUGUUUGUUUGUUUCCCAGACUUUCGGGAAGACAGAAUUCCUCAAGUACCAGGAAGCUCUGUAUGAGCUGGCGGCAAUGUAAGUCCUGGGGCUGGGGUUGUUCUUUUGAUAAUCACCUUCUUCCAUCUGGGAGAACUGUGCAGUGUGCUGGGAGACCUGUAAAUCCCUCGCACAAACCGGCAACACUUUGCAAGAGCCAUAGCUCAGCGGUAGAGCAUCUGCCUUGCAAAGGGAAGGUCGUGGGUUCAAAUCCCGGCAUCUCCUCUUCCCGAAAUGAACAAACCCAAGUUAGUUGCGUCUAUGAGCUUCACUAGGGGACACGGGUGGCGCUGUGGGUUAAACCACUGAGCCUAGGAUUUGCCGAUCAGAAGGUCGGCGGUUCAAAUCCUCACAACAGGGUGAGCUCCUGUUGCUUGGUCCCUGCUCCUGCCAGGUAACAUAAUGCUUUGUUUUCGCAGUUGUAUGCAUUUUUAUGCCUCAAUACCUUCUGUAAGUGAGGGACACGGGUGGCGCUGUGGGUUAAACCACAGAGCCUGGGGCUUGCCGAUCAGAAGGUCGGCGGUUCGAAUCCCCACGACGGGGUGAGCUCCCGUUGCUCGGUCCCUGCUCCUGCCAACCUAGCAGUCUGAAAGCAUGUCAAAGUGCAAGUAGAUAAGUAGGUACCACUCUGGUGGGAAGGUAAACGGCAUUUCCGUGCGCUGCUCCGGUUCGCCAGAAGUGUCUUUGUCAUGCUGGCCACAUGAGCCGGAAGCUGUACGCCGGCUCCCUCGGCCAAUAAAGCGAGAUGAGCGCCGCAACCCCGGAGUCGGCCACGACUGGACCUAACGGUCGGGGUCCCUUUACCUUUACUAUGAGCUUCACUGGAUACAGUGCUUAUGCAGCCGCUCUCUAAUCCGGCAACUGCUCAUUUCCCUCCCCCCCUCUCUUCCGGCGCAGCAUCAAGGCCCGAGGAGGCAGCAGCCAGCGGCAGCACCAGUCCGCAGCCAAGGACUUGACCCUCUCGCCUGACCUUUCCGGCCCAACCACCAUCCAGGUCACCUACCUGCCCUCCAGCCAGAAGAGCAAGAGAGCCAAGCACUUCCUGGAACUGAAGAGCUUUAAGGACAACUACAACACGCUGGAGAGCACCCUGUGAUCCUCGCCCUCGAUGCGCAACGGGGCCAGGGCUUUCUCCCUUCUCAGUGGCGCUGGCCUGCUGCCGGUUGGCCCGCCAGGACCAAGAAGACUCUUCUCACCCUGCCUUUCUUAUUUUGCCUGCGCACUUGGGCUGCCAUUAGCUGCUGCCAGGUGGCGUUUCAGUGGACAGUCCUGUGUGAAGCAUGUUGCUGCUUUGGGGUGGGGAGCGCCCUCUUAGUUUUCCCUUCCCUCUCCCACCCUGUGUGGUCUUGUAAAUAUAUCAUUCAGUUACCUCUUCUAUUUAUUUAAAAAGACUCAGCCUCCCAGGCACGCCUCUCUCUCCCUACUGCCCGCCGAAGGCGCCGAGAACAAGCCGAGGGGCUUCUUUUAGUCAUUUUAUUAACUCUGGCUCCUCCUCCUCCAUCCCCUUCCACCGUGGGGACAUUGUUUCUGUCCUUUCCCAAUAUCAUUUCCCUCCCUCAGUUCUUCCCCCAUGGCUUUCCCUUGCAAUCUUCCCCAUCUCUACCUUCCAGCCAGCGAGGAAGAAGCGAAGGUCCGCAGCCACAAGCGCAAGAGGCGGUUGGGUUGUAAAACAGCCACGUUGGGACCGCUGUUUUUCUGCAGUGCCAUUUUGGAGUGCCGCGUCGAAACGGCUGCUUGCUGCCGUGGGUCAGGCCAGGGCCCGUUUUCCUUUUUGUCUACUUGCUGUUGAUGUGCUGGAACAUCAGUAUCCCCAACACGACCGAGGGGGUGUCCUGUCCCCCCACCACCACCAUGCUGGGUCUCGGCACAACAAGCCUUGCUUGCCCCUCUUCAGCCUUGAGAGAGAGCCGGCCUGUCCUUGUCUGUUUCUGAAAACGUCUCUUUAAUAAAGCAGACACUUGCACAGCCAUGGGCUCCUGGUUAUCUUUUCUGCAAAAGAGCAGUUCUGACUUGGAUGAGGCUCCCAGGCCCAUCACUUUCUCUGUCUCCAGGAACUUUGAGUCACACCUGGAAGGGCCUCCUAGGAUACGCAUUGUGUCCCCUGCACCCCAUUGCCAUUGAAAAAGAUUCCCCGCUUCGGCUUUUAAAAGACACAAGUGUUGACUGGUUCCUACUUCAAGGAGAGAGGAAACCAGCAGGAAGAGCACAGGAAAGCUAAGGACUAGAGAGGGACUUCCCCAUGGCUGCAUGAGAUUUGAAGGUGGGAGAGAGAGAGAGACUUUGUUGCCCUCACACAAGCACAUACACUUUCUUCCUUGUUCUCUGGGACUUCAAACUCCCGAUCUUGGAGCUGCGUCAUCCUAAGCCCACAUGGUUUGUGUUGCUCUGGGCUAUAUCGGGGGUAAGGCGCCUGUGGCCGUCUACAUACUGUUAGACUACAACUCCCAUCAUCCCCAACCAUGCUGGCGGGAGAUGUAGUCCAACAAUAUGGCGGGCCACAGGCUCCCCUUCCCUGCUUUAAUAUGCAUUUAAUAUGUGACCCGUGAUUGGUUGGGACAUGUGUCAAGUUCAGGGGUGGGGAAACUGGCCUUCCUCCAGACGUUGGUAGACUCCCAACUCCCAUCAUCUGUGUCCGAGUCUAAUGGGAGUUUGAGUCCAACGUCAUCUGGAAGGAGGGUGUCGUCCCUCCAUCCCUGCUAUAUCGGGAGUAAAGGCCAGAUUUCCACUCUCGUCAAGUUUUGAAUGUGUUCGCUCAGGGGCCUUUCCUCUUCAACAUCAAUAACUGAAUUUAAAACUCCAUGAAAGCUUGCAUCGUAUUUCAACAAAGCCCUCCUUCAAAAUUCACACUGCUCCCAAAUUUUGAAAUGUCCUCUGGCCCAGGAAUUUAGACGAAACUGCAUAUACUGGGAGGGUGCAUUUUUAAAAAAAUGCCUCUUAGUGAUGGUAACAUACACAAAUGUGUUGUAUUUGGGGAAAAUGUGCUUUGCAGAGUUAUAUAGAAAUGCGUGUAUUUUAGGAGGAAUAAAUGCCAGUUUUCAUGACUUUUUAAGAAAAAUGUGGAAAUGUGUAGAAAUGGAAAAACGAGAAACCUAAAGAGAAACCGAAUUUGACAUGUU